GUGUGCGCAGGCCAGAGGUCGAACACGACAUGCCUCCGUUUGAGAAAACUGAACUUAACCCCAAACCUUUUAAACAAAGGAAGAGCUUAGUUACGAGAAAACAAGAGGUGGUGGGAAUCCGAACCAAGUUUCCGACCAAAAUCCCGGUGAUUAUUGAGCGAUAUCAGAGAGAGAAGUACUUACCGCCUCUGGAUAAGACCAAAUUCCUCGUUCCUCAGGAGCUCACCAUGACACAGUUCAUCACAAUCAUCAGGAAUCGAAUGACCCUGAUGCCCAGUCAAGCUUUCUACCUGCUUAUCAAUAACUCUGGCAUCGCCAGCAUGUCCGUGACCAUGGCUCAGCUCUAUAAGGACCAUAAAGAUGAAGAUGGGUUCCUAUACAUGACGUAUGCCUCACAGGAAAUGUUUGGACACUGAAAAUAUGGAAUGCCAUAAUAGGUGAACGUGUCCCGAAUGUUUGGGGAGGGUUUGGCAGGUCCAAGAAGUACACUGUGAUUAAAUAUUUAAAGUCGUCUUUGUAUAUAGUGGUAGCUUUUUAGAUUUAUAAUAUUCCCCUUUUGUAAUGAAUUUGGAUUUUGUUUUAAUUGUCCAAGUAAUAAAUUCUUUAAUUCUUGUAUCGGUCUCUAGAGGGCGACAUUGUGGUGCAGGACUGUCCUUGAAUAUGCCUGCAAAAAAUAAAACCACAUUUAAUGUCGUAGCUUUCAUUGGUUAAUCAUGUGAUUGAAAAAUAAAGACAAUGUUCAUGUUUGA